AUGCCGCGGUCGAUCGGCUCGCCGCUCUUCCGCUCGCGCUUGCUCCCUCUCUUCAGCUUCACCUGCGGCAGAAACGCCCCGGUGACGGACUGGAAGUCGAUCAAAAGCCCCCACCGCGCCAGCCGCGCGACGACGUCGGCGUCGCCGGCGCAUCUCGUGCACACCAUGAACACCCUCACGUCACACCGCCCCGCGUCUCGCGACACCCUGAACUCCCCCGGGCCGUCCACGCACCGCGCGCACGCGUUGGUUCUGUAUAACCGCCGCCACGGGUACUUCGUCGUGCUGUCCUCCCCGCGCGGUCGCCUGGGGAGUCGCCACCCCUUCGCCCUGCACCGCGCCUCGAAACUCCGUUCGGUGAGCUCGCACCACGUCUUGGAGCAGCGCGCGGCGCGCAUAGCGUCCGACGCCGGGAGCACGGCGAUGAUGGCGCUCACGACGUCGUCGUUCGCUUCGCCGAGGUCUACGCCGUCCGCCAUCGCGCGUCACGGCGCGUGCGGGGGCGCUCGCGUCUGUGAACGUGGUCUGUCGAGAUUCAAACUAGAGAAUGCCUAG